AUGGGCGAUGAGGGUCCGUGGAUUUGCAAGGAAUUCCAACCUCUGCACAACCAUGACAAGGCAACAUUAGAUGAGUUGCGAUUUCUGAGAUCAAACCGUUCCGUGUCAGAAUCCCUAGUUACUCAACUACGAGACAUUUACAACAAGGUCGCCCAUGUCAAAAGAAAAGAGAAAAGAUGUACAAAUUCAGAUGGUGCUUUGGGAUAUUUGGAUUGUCUGUCAAAGAGGGAUCCAAAUUUCUUCAUUCAAUAUCAAUGUGACGUGGACAACAGAUUGGGGAACUUAUUCUGGGCGGACGGAUAUUCUCGACGAGAUUUCAUCGCAUUCGGUGAGGUUAUUGGAUUUGACACAACAUAUAUGACAAACAAAUAUAAUAAAGCCCUGACAAUUAUUUUGGGCGUCAAUCAUCAUUUCAAGACCUGCAUAUUUGGAAUGGCACUGCUUAACUACGAGGAUGAGCAAACUUACUUUUGGUUGCUUGACAAAUUUAUUGAAUGCCACAAUGUAACACCAAAGGUUGUGGUGAUAGAUGGAGAUGGAGCUAUCAAAAAUGCUGUCUUGAAGUACUUCCCAAAUGCAACUCAUCGGUUGUGUGUGUGGCACCUGUGUACCAACGCUUUAAAAUUUUCAAAAGACCCCCGAUUCUUACAAGGAUUUCAAGAUGUCAUGUACAACUAUUACACAAUAGAGGAAUUCAUACAAAAAUGGGAGGAAUUAAUACACAAUUUUGACCUCCAUUCUAGCCAAUGGUGCACCAACACUUAUCACAGUCGUCGUUCAUGGGCAGAGACAUACCUAAGAGGGAAAUUUGUCACCGGAAUGCUGACCAACCAAAGAUGUGAGUCCAUGAAUUCAAGUAUUAAAAAAUUCCUACAUGCAAGUUAUAAUCUCCGUGAAUUCGUUACCUCGAUUGACGUUGCUAUGACAAAGUUGAGGCACGUCGAGAGAGAAGAUGAUUACAAUAGUCGACACAGUAGUCCUCCAAUACCAGGUCCCAAAAAUGCUCUUAAGAUGUACCAUGAGUAG